AUGAUCAGGCGUUCUCUAAAAAGUAUAGCUCGAUUCAGCUCUGUACUGGGCAGAAGAUCGAUGAUAACAGCAGCGCGAAAACAUAUCAGAUUAUAUCCAGCUGUGACAAAUAACAUGAGUCAUACCGUAAAUAUUAUUCAAAAGAGAUUUGUAGAAUCCUCCACAGAUGGGCAAGUGGUCCCUCAAGAAGUGUUAAACUUACCGCUUGAAAAGUACCACGAGGAAGCAGACGACUACCUAGACAAUUUACUAGAUAGCCUGGAAGAACUGAGUGAGGCUCAUCCAGAUUGCAUACCCGACGUAGAGCUGAGCCACGGAGUAAUGACACUAGAAGUUCCAGCCUUCGGGACAUAUGUAAUAAACAAACAACCACCUAAUAAGCAAAUUUGGUUGGCAUCUCCACUGUCUGGGCCUAACAGAUUUGAUCUUUUAAAUGGGGAGUGGGUUUCGCUAAGAAAUGGUAAAAAUCUAACAGAUAUACUUACUGAGGAAGUUGAGAAAGCUAUUGCAAAAAGCCAGUAG